AUGCUGCGGGCGCUUUUGCGGACUGGACGUCGCCGCGCCUUUGGGACGAUGACGACGAUUGAGAAGACGCCACUUGGUACUGUCACGAGCUACUACGACAGCCAAUCUGGCCAGCACGUCCGCUACUCGGAUGCUAUCCAGGUCCACGGUCUCCAGCUUCCAGCCCCAGGCGUCAAGGGCCUUGCCUCCGUUACGUUGACGACGCCGAUUGACGUGCCAGCCGCCGUCGCCACGCACAUGUACCUCACCUCAAACAUUGCGCCCCACGCGCUGGCACUUCGCGUCUCAUGCGCGGCCUCACGUCGCGAGUGGGACGAUGCCAUUGCCAUCGCCGCCGGUGCGACGUCUCUAGCCCGACCCGUCAAAAGUCACGCUGCUCGACCCAUUUUGCUGGCAACCCGUACGAUGUGCAGCUCUUGGGCUCGCUUCUUGCGGACGCCGGUGUGA